AGAUUUAGAGGAGAAAUCGCCACUCGGGCAUCCUGUGGGAGGAAGCACCUUCUGUUCUGAAGUAAAGAACUUGUGCCGACUCUCAGCAUACCCAUAGCACGUGGCUCCAAACUUCUGAGUUGGAGGAUGGAGCACCAAGUAUUUGUGGCUAUCGCGACUUGCCUGUUGCUGAUAUCAUUAGCCAGUGGCUUGACGACUACUGAAUCCGCGUCGUCGACCACGAGGGCGUCGUCUACUGAGAAAGUGAUGACUGCAGAGGGAACGACAACAAGAACAACAACAACAUCAACGGUGACGACACCAACGUCGACAACCACAGGGAUACCACCACCCCAGUCGUCCACCGAAUGGCAAGAUAUGGAAGAAGCGGAGUCCGAAAGUUUGGUCAGUUUCGUGGUGGCAGAAAUACAGAAAUUAAAAAUGGAACAUAAGGAGUUGGAUGAAUGUCAAGAACUGGAUCUUUCGACAGUCCUCAGCGGAAAGAAACUGACGGGGAAAACAACCAAGUACAGUGUCACGUUGAAAGUGCAACCUCAAAUCAAGAACUCGGCAGACUGCUUACAGAAGAAUGCCACUGCAGCAAAUUUACAUCCGGAAAUCUGCGAAGCUGAUGUUACGGAAGGAGAUCAUGGAGGUACAGAUGGUAAAACCCUUCUCAGAUCUACAUGUCUACAAGUCGAAGAGCUCCAAGACUAAUUCCUUACCCGUGGAAUUUUCUCAAAGUCGUCAGUCAUUAGGCAGACACACCUCCUUGUUGACAAAAACGCACUUCUUAGAAUAAAAGAUGUUCUUAGGUAACAUGUAAAUCACGCGUGGUUAAUAAUAUGCUCUGUAUAAUAAGAGUCUUUGAUGCUAUUAUCAAUGUUUAGCUAGAAUAGUUGAUAUCGAAACACCCCUGGGACACAAUACUAGAGAUAAACUGUUACAUUUCGAGCUUUUGUAAUCAUUCUAUAUGUUUUGUAAUUUUUCAGUAUGUCCUGUGCCGACAUCAUCUUCAUCAUUUACAAUAUUCUCAUUUCCUACUGGUAUGUUAUAAAAACAUUUUGCUGUUUCUAUCUAUAAUUACAGUGAUGAGAAAAACGAAUCAUUUACAAUAUGACAUCUGUCUGGUAUAACAACAAAGUAAACUGCAAGUGUUACUUCUUUGCUACAAUAUGUGCAAUUUGGGAGUAAAGAAAUAAUUGAAAUAUUUAAGGAAAUAAAAGCAAACGUUUGUCUUUUUAACUAUAAUAAUCAAAUUUAAAAAUACCGAUAAAUUAUACAAAUAACACUAUUUAUUAUUAUUCAAAAGAUGCAGCAUAUUUAUAAAAUUAAAUAUAUGAAAAUUUCGAUUGUGUAAAGUAACGAUUAAUCUUUUAGUUUCAUUUUUUAUUUAAUGAGCUAAAGUAGAUAUGCAAGUUAUUGCGAAUAAUAUUUCAUUGGUCAAAAAUAGCAAGGAGUAAACAUUAAAUUUUCCUUAUUUAAACAUAUUUACCAAUUGCAAUAAUUACAAAGGAAUCCUAGACUAUACCAGAAAACAUUAAAUUUCCCACCUAGGGUCCAAAACCAGAAAAACUGUUCAAAGAAGAUCUGUGCAGAGUUUUAUUUUUGAAAAUAAAAUUGAUUUACUGAUGUGACCAAGAUUAUCUUAUUGUUCUUUCAAUAAAUGAUCUUUCAGAAACACGGUGUCAUCAUUGAGACAGGCUAAACGUCAUCACUCUUUUAUUAUUCAAAAACUGAAUCAGUGAACAAGGAAUCUAGUUCAUAAUCUCUUGUAAUUAUCUUAUUGUAUUGGUUUGAAUAAGCCCCUGUUCGUCUGAUAUUUGGAAUGAGCCACAAUUAACCAAAUCCAGAAUGAAACAGCGCUUGAAAGCGUUAACAAUUUCUAUAUCUCGUCUCGCCCAAAUAUGUCAUCAGUUAUUAAUGUCAACUAUUAAGUUAAUAAUGUCAGCCAUGAUUUGAAAAUUUUUGAAACGUUAGACUUUCUAAUCAGUACUUUAAAGAUAUGAUCUUUCUCUCGAAUGUGUUCAAUACAUAUUUAUAAUGCAGAUAUAUAAGUGCUGUAUGGGUGAUACGACAUCAGGAGGCAUUAGUCCUAAACACGUAAGCAAGACUUGUGUCUGCAAAGUUAUGCAGAUGUUUAAUUCACUCUUUCUUUGGAGUUGCAGAUAAAGUGGUUCUCAAAACUGAAAUUUAUUCCUUCCCUCCUUUAUCAUAGUUAUUUAUCAGUUGCGAUCGCAAAUUUUAGACAACAGGUGUUCGAAGCAAUUUUGUAUUGAUGAAAUUGAUUCAUGUCGACAAGAGCUUUUUUUGUCUCUAAUGUCUAGAAAUCCGUGUAUGUGUCUUAUUGCAAACAUUCAUGCGGACGCAGAAAAGAAUAGUGCAGGCAUUUGCUGCGAAAAUAAAAAAAUUUUCCGCUACUCGUCUUGCCAUAAGAUGGAAAUCGUUAUGAUUUAUAGCUUCUGGGUUACUAAUCAUUGUGUGAAUAUAGAUUGUUAUUGUUAAGGCAAGGUCCAUACCAUUGAAAUGUAAGGUCCAUAAGGUUGUUGUUGAAAGGUAAGGUCCAUCCCAUUAAAAGAUAAGAUCCAUAAGCUUAUUAUUGAACUAUAAAGUCCAUAAGACUUUUAUUGAAAAAUAUGGUUCGUAUGGUUGUUAAUGAAAGAUAAAGUCCAUAAGGUUGUUACUGAAAGAUAAGGUCCAUAAGAUUGUUAUUGAAAGAUAAGUGCAUAAGGUUGUUAUUAAAAAAUAAGGUUCAUAAGUCUGCAUGAUGCCAUAAGGGCCUUGAGCCAUUACUAUGAUUACUAAGGUCCAUCCCAUUGAAAGAUAAGAUUCAUAAGGUUAAUAUUGAAAGAUAAAGGAAUAAGGUUGUUAUUGAAAGAUAAGGUCUGCAUGAUGCCAUAAGGGCCUUGAGCCAUUACUAUGAUUACUAAGGUCCAUCUCAUUGAAAGAUAAGAUCUAUAAGGUUAUUAUUGAAAGAUAAAGUCCAUAAGAUUGUUAUUGAAAGCUAAGGUCCGUAAGGUUAUUAUUGAGAGAUAAGGUCCAUAAGAUUGUUAUUGAAAGAUAAGUGCAUAAGGUUGUUAUUGAAAGAUAAGAGCAUAAGGUUGUUAUUGAAAGAUAAGGUCCAUAAGUCUGCAUGAUGCCAUAAGGGCCUUGAGCCAUCACUAUGAUGUACAUAGUUGCAUAAUUCUCGUAUGGUGCGCUUUCACCACCACUUAGCAAGGUUAUGUGACUUAUUUUCUCCUAGGACAGAAACCACCAAUACCAUGAUCUGCUAUUAUUUGCUGUUGAAGACACUGUCCAAAUAUGAUAUAUAUCUAAAAGGAAACUGCUUAUCUAAAAUGAAACUGGUUUUUAGGGCAAUCCAGUUACAUCCUGCAAACGUCGAAGCGAUUUAGCGGUAGAGGGUAUUAGGUAAACAUGCUAAUCUCGUCUAUGUUAUUUUUUUAAAAUAUGUCCCUUGCUGUUAUUUUUUUAAAUAUGUGCAAAUCUUUAUUGAACAGCGAUUUAAUUACAAACAUUUUACAAAUAAUUACAAACAUUUUAAGGCAUUGGACGUACAGAUAAAUUACGAAGUGUCUUUUUAAUUUAGUGGUUAUUAAGAUCUGCUUUAAUCCCUUAUGGGUGGAGAUUCGAAAUAUUGACACAUCAUAUUUAGUUUAUUUUCUGCAUAUGCAACGUUAAAAGUUCCAUAAUAUUACACAUACAGCAUAUGAUACACAUUAUUAUAUUUACAUCAUAUGCCUUAUUAUUUACUCUUAUUUCAUGCAAAAAAUGAGCAAUACUGCUUAAUCGCAACACCUUGUAUUUGGCAUUCAUCUGAAGUUCAUUUACAUAUCUCAGAUAGAUAAUUUUAAUUAUUAAUUUGUUAUCGAACUUUUAAAAUAUGUAUUACUGGAUACUGCAAAGUAUGGAUAAAAUUUUACCAGUUUUAUAUGAAAAUUUGAAAGUUCAGAUUUAAUAGUAGUUCUUUUUAAGGUUUCUUCUAUUUAGAUAAACUGUAAACACUAUUCUUACAGAAAAUACACAAAUUUGUUUAAUAUACACAUCAAAUAGCUUAUGUGUAAUUAGAGUAAAUUUUAUUAAUAUUUAAUAACAAAUGUUUUUAUAAUAUGAGUAUUAAAUGUAGUUUUAAGACCCGGAAGUUACUUAGAUUACUGCAAACUUUAUUAAUAUAGCAAUUUUUUCAAACUUUUAAGCAAUUCAUUUACCAUAACAUCAACCACUUACACACACACGAUACAUCAGUCAAGAAAUUUAUACUUUAGCUUUUAAAUUUUAUUUUAAAUUCUAAACUUUAUCUUUAGUGUGUAUCAUAAGUUGAUGAGAAAAGUGCAGAAUAUUAAAAUCAGAAGCUGUUCCUAAUAAAGAAAUAAAAAAUUUGCUGUGUGCACCACAUGACUUCCUUCUACGUAAUAUUAAAUUAUACACAUUUUUUUGCUGAAUUUCAUUUAAACUUAUUU